AUGCCUGGGCAGACACCGGAAGUUGUGGCCUCUGCCGAUCUAAGUCCUCUCUCGCCCAAGCCAAUUGCCCUACACAGCACCUCGCCGACCCUGGUCCCAAGGCUACAGGACCACGCCGCCGCCAUUGACGCGGUAGUUGAGGAACUAACCAAUCAACUGACCAAUACGAACCCUACGUCUCAACAACCCUCGUACAACCAGUACACCUCGCCUACCAUGCCAGAGCCGGUCCAAGAGUCUUCCGAUGUGUCCGACACCAUAGUAGUUGCCGGCGAGUAUUCGGAAGAUGAUAACGACAGCCUUGAUGCGUAUGACGAGGACGGGCAGGAUCAGAGCCCGGAGCACGAGCAGGACAACAAGCAGGGGGACAAGCCGGAGACGGGCAGCGAUGACUAUGCGCACACCUUUGAUUCGCCCACGGACCGAGGUGAAGAAGGUGAGGCCGACGAGACUCAGCCAGAUGUAUCAAAGGCUUCAGAAACUAUGAUGAAUGAUUCUUCCACGUCUGAUCCUUCGAAGACUCAGCCUUCCACUGCACCUACUUCUGAUCCUUCCUCGUCUCCUCCAGUCAAAGUCACAAGCCAAACCAAGCCCCAUUCUGAAGCCGAGCAACUCUCAGUCCAGACCAACGAAUCGCUUCAGUCUCUAGAUGCGCCAUCUGAUUCCGCUCCCGCCGCCCCCCAGCAACAUCUCCAAAGCUCGAAUCCCGAUCUUGUACCCGAUGCCACGCUCAACGGCAGCUCUUCCAUGGCCGAGGUGCCUCCCGCACAGGAUUCCCGCGAUAUCCAAAUGCCAGAUGCUCCCCAUCAUGAUGCCCAGUCCUCCACUAAAGACUCUGCUGCCGCUUCAAACAAUCCGACCCCGGCAAAUGAAGAUGAUGACACUGCCGUUGACAUUCAGAAGCUCGUGGACAACAUCACGGCGAGAGCUGCCGCAUCCCCAACCACGGCUUCUACCACAUCUGUAGCAGCUGCUUCAUCCAAACCGCCUGCCACCCAAACUUCCCAAAAUGGGGCAAGCAUUCUCAAUCUCUCCCCCGGCGUUGGUUCUGGGACACCACGUACUGCGUACAUGUCUACUGGCGGCCCCGGUAUCGACAAUGGAGCCAUAUCAUCUCUGCCUCCUAUCCCGCCCAAUUCCUUCAAUAAUGCCCAAGCCCAGCCGUACGCAUCUGCGCAUAACUCCCGACACGCUCUGGGGCCUGGUAACUCUCACAUAAGCAACAUCUACACGCCAGCAAGCGAUCAGGACUACGAAAAGUUCCUUGUGGACGAGAGGCAGUACACCUUGGAGGCUAGAUGGGAGCAACGCUUCCCUGAAGGAUCGCGUAUCUUUAUUGGUAACUUGUCAUGUGAGAGAGUCUCGAAACGCGAAGUCUUCGAUGUCUUUAGCAAGUUCGGACGCCUCGCACAGAUCUCUUUGAAGAAUGCAUAUGGCUUUGUCCAAUAUCAUACCAUCGAGGAAGGUCUCGCUGCUAUUCGCGGCUGCCGCGAUAUCGAGCUCGGUGGCCGUGCAAUCAACUUGGAGAUAUCCAAGAAACAGGAUAGAGCCCGAAAAGAACAUUCUGACCACGGCCGUGAACGUGAGCGCGAGAGAUCGCCCGACCGCCGCCCACAGCGUGACACUCGCAUAAGAGACCGCUAUGAGGCGAGAGAUCCGGGCUGGCGCAGAGAUGACUACCGCCCGGGUCCUGGGCGCUCACCUUCUCCUCGCCGAGGAAGCCGAGACGGCCGAUAUGCUAGGGAUUCCAGAGACCGCGACUUUGGCCCUGGAUAUGACAGCCGCCGAUCCAGAUCACCUCCACCAGGCCGCUACUAUGACAACGGCUAUCGACGCAGGGACGAAAGCCCGCAUCGGCGCGUGCCAUCUAGCGAAGAGCUUGACAUGCCUUUCCGCUAUGGAGCCGAUGUUCCGGACGUUCAGCUUGUCCUACUCGGAGACGUACAUAAGGAGUACGUCUCGUGGGCUCAGGGUAUCUUCCAUGCUCAUGGGCUGAGAACGGAUGUCAUUUACGCAAAUCCACGCUUCCCCCGGGAGCCGCUCAUACAACGUCAGAUGAUGGAGGGUGUGCAUGCGGUCAGUUUCCUUGACUCAACCUCACCGAGCAGGCAACAGCUCGACAUUCGGGUAUUUACUCGGACCCGCACCAGCAUCAACUUCGACGAUUAUAAGGUAACGCCGCAACAGGCUGCUGCGUUGGUGGUUGAGAAGAAGCGCAUCCAGCCGCCCCAACCGCAACCUACUUAUCCCUCAGUCAGCAACUAUGAUCAUGGGCGUGGCCUAGAGGUCCCACCUCCCGUUAGCUACCCAUACCCACAACAACACUACGCCAUCCCUCCGGCUCCGGUACCUCAAAUACAGCCGCCUGCUCCAGUGCAGGAUCUUUCAAGCGUGGUUGGCCAACUGAACAACGAAUCUCUCAGCGCCCUCUUGGCCACUUUGUCACAGUCCCAAGGUGUGGCCCAUCAGCAACCGCAUCAUCCAUCCAUGCCCUACGGCGCCGCACCAGCUCCUGCAGCUCCCCAAGCAGCCCAGAUCGACAUGAACGCUUUGCUUGGAAACCUGAGGAGUGCCGCCAACCCUGGAGUCGCUAGCUACGGGGAGGCGUCUCAAGGAUACGGGUCGGUUCUACCCCUCCGGUCCCGACGGGCUACGAUGCCCAGCAAGCACAGAAGCUUUUCGACCAGUUCAGACGCGUUGCUCCUUAGGACUGUGAUGCCAAGCAUGAUGCUGUUUUGA